UCGCCAAGUAUAAAGAGUUCAUCAAGCGUCGCAAUGAAACGGACGCAACAGAUCAUUGCUCUAUUCUUUGGCACUCAGUCACCAUGAUUGCUCACUCCUUUACCCUCCUUCUUGCUGCCACUAGCGCAUUGGCUGGUCCUCUCCAACGUCGCGCCGAUGGGUUGAACACUCGCGCUAAGAAUAACGGGAAGCUAUACUUUGGCACCGCUGUCGACAGUAGCGGACAGUCCGAUUCCAACUACAUGAACAUCUUGAGCAACAGCGAUGAUUUUGGCCAAAUCACUCCAGCCAACGCAAUGAAGUGGGACACCGUCGAAAGGUCGCGAAAUUCUUUCAACUUUGGUCCAGGAGAUGCUGUUGCGAAUAUCGCAGCCAGGAACGGCCAGUUCCUCAGGUGCCACGCUCUGGUCUGGCACUCCCAAUUGCCCAGCUGGGUCGGAAGCAGUGGCUUCAACAAUGCCACCCUUAUCCAAGUGAUGAAGAACCACAUCACACAGACGGUGACUCAUUGGAAGGGCAAAUGCGGCCAUUGGGACGUCGUCAAUGAAGCUCUAAACGAAGACGGCUCCUACCGCUCGAGUCCAUUUUACAACGUUAUUGGCGAAGCCUUCCUCCCCAUUGCCUUCGCUGCUGCCGCCGCCGCCGAUCCCGAUGUGAAGCUCUACUACAACGAUUACAACAUUGAGACACCUGGCGCUAAGGCAUCCGGCGCGCAGCGAAUUGUGCGACUCAUCAAGUCGUACGGUGUCAAGAUUGACGGUGUCGGACAGCAGGCCCAUUUAAUUGUCGGUCAAUCGCCCUCAGUCGCCACCUGGACCUCCAACAUCAACGCAUUCACCUCCCUCGGUGUUGAUGUCGCCAUCACCGAGCUUGACAUCCGUACCAAAACCCCCGCUUCCUCAUCCGCUGUCGCUCAACAAGCCAUCGACUACGCCAACAGCGUCAAAGGAUGCUUAUCCAACACACGCUGCGUCGGCAUCACCAUCUGGGAUUUCACCGACAAGUAUUCAUGGAUUCCCUCCGUCUUCCCUGGAGAAGGCUCCGCCCUUCCAUGGGACAGCAAUCUUCAGAAGAAGCAACAAGUCUACAACGGCAUCCUCAGUGGUUGGGGAUCCGGCACCCCCACAGCCACGCCGACAGCUACACCUACGGCGACUCCUACGGAGACUCCUACGUCCAGCCCGACUAGUUCCUCGACUACGACUCCUACUGCUACCCCCACAUCAUCCCCGGGCGAGACCGUUCCUAAAUGGCAACAGUGCGGUGGAACCGGCUACGAGGGCCCGACUCAGUGCGUGAGCGGAACUACAUGUACGAUGUUGAACCAAUGGUACUAUCAGUGCUUGUAA